GCUGCACCCAUCCGUAUGAGAAGCCUCUACUGUAGAAUAGACAAGAAUAUGACAGCUAGGAAAAAAAGUGAAACCAUACAAAAUCGACCCUCCAGUUAGGCUCGAAACAAAGUGCAGAACAGCUAAAUUUUUAUGUGCUUACAGUGAAGUUUGCAGACUGAUUUGCGUAUUUAGCUAGCUAAUCGAACCAACAGGCAAAAUCAUGAAUCCCGGAAGUUAUGAUUCCACUAUCAUAACGACAGUUACGCAAAAGUUUCACGAAGGCGAAUCUAUUUUAGCGAUAUUCGAAGGUUAUCAAAUAAUAGGCAGCAAGCACCAGAAUCGACUGCUGGUAAUCGUCAGCUCCAAUUACACGUCUGCGCUGUUUGCGUUCUCGAUAGCGCGCUAUCCGCCGGAAAGUAUAUCCGAUCUUACCGUUGUUGCCGUGUACCCGAUCGAUGAUUCAUUCUGGGUGAAUCCAGAAUCCGGCUCCCAUGGAUCUGUCUCGAGCCAUCAGUUUACGAUCUUCUCGCAAAAUGAGCCAACCGUGUACUACUAUCAGGCAUCGGCAGACGUGGUUGUGUCCCGGGAUAAUUUUAUCGCCAAGCUCAAGCAAUUGAUUUCCGACUACAAGAGCACCUCUUCUCAGGCAGCGGCAGCUUCCUUCCCUCUGGAUUUCAGGUGGCUCGAUUACUACAAGCGGGCGGAUAUGCAGGCGAUCGAUCGUAACAUAGCGGACGGUAGCCAAGCGCCAAAGACGAGGGAUUCUAAAUUUAAGGAGGAAUUAGAGCGAAGACGGCAUGAGUACAUCGUGUACGAGUCGUACAAGAUCUACACGGCUACGUGGAAUGUUAACGGACAGACUUCGGAGAAUAUUGAACUGCCGGAAUGGUUGUCGACGACGGAAGAUCCACCGGAUAUCUACGCGGUUGGUUUCCAGGAGAUCGAGUGGACUCCGGAGAAGAUAAUCAUGAACGAGACGAAGAUCGAUCGGACGUGGGUUAACAAGGUUAUGAGUGGCUUACAUAAGGGAGCAGUCUAUGAGGAACUCGCAUCUGUACGCCUGGUUGGAAUGAUGCUGACGGUGGCCGUGAAGAAGUCCUUGCGGGAUCAGAUAUCAGACUGCUUAACCGCUGCAGUUGGAACGGGAACACUGAAAUGGGGUAAUAAAGGAGGCGUGGGGGUUAGCUUCCAGCUAAACGAAGCGCUGCUUUGCUUCGUGAACACCCAUUUAGCGGCUCAUACUGCAGAGGUCGAUCGCCGUAAUGACGAUCACGAUGAAAUCAUCAGACGGAUGUCUUUCGAGAAGACUUUUCGCGGUCGCUCUAUCGAUGAGCAUCACCACAUUUUCUGGAUCGGUGACUUAAAUUAUCGACUGAAUGCGGAAAUAACACAGGAAUUCGUGAAUGAGAAAGACCGUGAUUACAAUCAGCUGUAUCCGUACGACCAGCUGUAUGUCGAAAAGCUGCGAAAACGCAUUUUCCGAGAAUACAAAGAGGGGAAGAUUUUGUUUGGGCCCACGUACAAGUACAAUCCGGGUACUGACGAUUGGGACAGUAGCGAGAAGAGUCGAUGUCCGGCGUGGUGCGACAGAAUUUUGUGGAAGGGACCAAAAGUAGAGUUGCUGAAGUAUGAUAGUGUAAUGCAGUUGAGGAGGAGCGACCACAAGCCAGUUUAUGCGAUAUUUAAAGUGGAUGUUGAAACCAAGGACGAUCAGAUGUUCAAGAGAGUACACGAAGAAGUGCUGAAAACAGUGGAUAAAUACGAAAAUGAUAAUCAACCGCAGAUAACGGUUGAGCAAACGGAUCUCGAUUUUGGCCUAAUUCGGUUCAACGAAAAGUAUUCCCGCGAACUGCUGGUGGCAAACAAUUGCCAUCUGCCGGUGCGAUUCAAAUUCGCCGCGAAGGAUGACCGCAGCAGUCACGUGUGCGAGGAGUUUAUCCAUAUCAGCCACAAGUCGGGCGAAUUAAUAACCGGAAAUAGCCUCAGCAUACGAAUAGACAUCCUGGUCGAUGCGAAGGCAGCAUCUAAAAUGCUUAAGAAGCUGAAGGACGCCAAAGCUGGGGUGAAAAUUCCGUUGGACAUUCUGGUACUGCACGUAGAGAAUGGGCGGGAUAUUUUCAUCACCAUCUUCGGGGAGUACAAAUCGAGCUGCUUCGGAAUCACGCUGGAAACGUUGAUGAAGCUCAACAAACCGAUCUAUGAGUAUGAAAUCAAUGAGUUGGUGGCACUGGAGAAAGAGGAGAAACUGAUAGAUUUAACGGACGACGUUAAUUUGAAAAUUCCACGCGAGAUAUGGCGCCUUAUUGAUUAUCUGUAUAGCAAUGGAAUGGAUUCUUCGCAACUUUUUACACUGAAUCGAACCCACUCAAAGCAUGAAAACAUCUUGGAAAUUCGCGACUGGUUGGAUAGCUGGUCAUCGGAACCAUUCCCGGGCAUUCCAAAAACGGCAGCGGAAGCUCUUCUCCUUCUACUGGAAUCUCUCCCAGAGCCGGUGGUUACCAUUAGUGAACGUGAGUGUAUCGUUUAUGCGGAUAACUACGAACGGUGUCGGGAGCUUAUCCGAACGAAACUCAAACCCGUCCAUCGGUUGGUAUUUUUGUAUAUUUGCAUGUUCCUCACAGAGUUACGCCGGCGUAACCCUAGCAUACGGCUGGAGCUGUUAGCAACAAUAUUCGGUCGAAUACUUAUACGCAGUCAGUUGCCAUUGACCCGGACGCCCACCGGGAACGAUGUAUAUGCUUACACCGAAGGAGAGCGUGACCAGCGCCGAAGAUUCAUGAUGACGUUUUUGACAAGCAAGAUACAGGAAUUUGCUAGGACCGAAAUGAACAGCGCCGGGGAUUAGGACGUAAAGCUUUCAUGAGUGUGGUGCGAGUGCUAUGUGAAUGUGCGCUAAGUGUUCUUCGUGUUGAGUACAGUGAACUAAACAAUAAUUGUAUUUUAUGGCAAAAAAAUCAUUUAAUGUAGUAAGAAUGAUGAGAUAAUGGACUCGUAACCGGAGUCCCGUGUAUUUUUAGUGUUAGUUAAGAAGAAUAGAAACAUCAUCACAAGUCGAUGAUAUACAAAGUGGAAUUAAAAUGGAUGUACUUUACGCAUCACAGGCAACCUAAUAUACUUUUUUGAUUCAAAAGUCGUCAAUUAAGUUAUGGUUAUGGCGCAAAUAGUCAACCGAAUUUGCUCUCCGAUAUAAAGAUUGCACUCGAAAAAAUGCAACACUUUCUAUUGUAUCUAACUU